AUGAGUCCAGUGGAAAGUGUGCCAGUGGCAGUGUUAAAUUGUAUUGAUGAUUAUGUUGAACUAUUGUACGAUGAUAUACCCGAAAAAAUAAAAGGAUCUGCUCUUAUUCUGCAACUUGCUAGAAAUCCUGAUAAUUUAAUUGAGUUAGCUAGAAAUGAAGCCUUAUUGAGUGCUCUAUCCAGGGUUUUAAGGGAAGAAUGGAAAAGAAGUAUUGAAUUAAGUACCAACAUUGUUUAUACAUUUUUUUGCUUUUCUACAUAUAUUGAGUUUCACUCAGUAAUAAUCCAAUAUAAAAUAGGCUCUUUGUGUAUGGAUGUUAUAGACUAUGAACUUAAAAGAUAUGAUCAGUGGAAAGAAAGAGUUGAAGGGAAAAAACAAUUACUCACACCAGAUAAGAAUGAAUUACCAAAAAGUCGAAUUCCUGAGCCCAAGCGUCGUCCAAAAUCUGGUACUUGGGCUGUUGCUGAUGUAAAUUUACAGAAGUCACGAUCAUUAGUAUCAAGCUAUCAUGAAGAUUUGUGCAAUGCUUCAGACGAAUAUUUAUCUAAAAAUGAUGAGGAACAAAUGAAACGGAAAUUGAAGACAUUAUCUAAGAGACAAGAACAACUUCUAAGAGUUGCUUUCUACAUGUUACUUAACAUUGCUGAUAACAUUAAAGUUGAGGAAAAAAUGCAUAAAAAGGAUAUUGUGGGACUACUUAUUGGAGCAAUGGAAAGACAUUCAAAUAUUGAUCUCCUUAUUCUUAUUGUUUCAUUUCUACAAAAGUUAUCUAUUUUUAUUGAAAAUAAAAAUACAAUGGCUUCUAAAGGAAUUGUUGAGAAAUUAGCUCCCUUGUUAGAUUCUCCUAAUGCUGAUCUGGUCAAUGUUACUUUAAAACUUCUAUUUAACUUAACAUUUGACACGAAAUUACGUAAUAAAAUGGUCAAGAUUAAUCUGUUACCAAAAUUUAUACAAUUUACAAGUGAUGACAAACAUAUAAACCUGGCAAUGAAAAUUCUUUACCACUUGAGUAUGGAUGAUCGUGUAAAACUGAUGUUUACCCAAUCAGACUGUGUAAAAUUGUUAACGGACAUGCUGUUACUGAAUGUGAAUAGCGAGUCGAGUAUUGACAGCGGACCUGGUACAACGGACGUGCUGCUGGCCGUGUGCGUAAAUUUGGCAUGGAACGAACGUGCAGCUCAACAAAUGGCGGCUGAGGGACGUCUCCGAGAAUUGCUCGCGCGAGCCUUCCGACAUAGGAACGCUAUGCUAAUGAAGCUCGUACGCAAUUUGUCUCAUCAUUCACAAACAAAACCUCUAUUUGUGGAGUUCGUGGGCGACAUUGCUGGAGCAGUAACAAGUGGUGAAGCAUCGGAAGAGUUUGUUAUAGAAUGUCUAGGAACUUUGAGCAACAUUCUAAGUUUAAGCAACAAUAUUGACGUAUAUGCAGUUGUCGAGAGAUACAAUCUUAUACCAUGUAUCAUGAAGAUUUUAGAUCCAAGCAACAAGGUGGACCCGGAGCUGGUGCUGGAGGGCGUGGUGGCGGCGGGCGCGCUGGCGUGCGACGAGCGCGCGGCCGACGCGCUGGUGGCGGCGCGCGGCGGCGACGCGCUGGUGGCGCUGCUGCGCCUGCGCCAGGCCGACGACGACCACGUGCUGCAGACCGCCUUCGCCUUCCGCCAGCUGCUGUCGCACCCGCGCGCCGCGGACCACCUCGUCACGCGCACCGAAGCUCCAGCUUACCUUAUUGACCUAAUGCAAGAUAAAAACGUAGAAAUACGGAAGAUGUGUGAUUCAUGUCUUGAUAUAAUAUCACAAAUGGAAAAUGAAUGGGCGGCAAGAAUAAAGGUGGAGCGGUUCCGUUGCCACAAUGGGCAGUGGUUGGCGGUGGUUGAGACAUUAGGUUGUGAAAGUGGUGCUGGCGAUGCAGCAGACGAACUUCCGCCAUAUCUCUCUGCGGACUACCUCACUACACACCGCCUUACAACUGCAGAUUCCCAGACCUCACUUAAUGAUGAUUCUGAUAGCUUCUCGGGAGAAGCCGACUCUAACCGUAUAAAUAGCAGGAAUACAUCAGAUUGUCACACGGAUGAGAUGUAUGGUACAAUGGAUUCCUUUACCGAGAAGCCUCUUGAAGACAACGCACUUUCAACAAAUGAUGAUCUUAAAACACUUGCUUAA